CCCCGAGUCCACCCGAAGCUCGGGCUUGACCAGGCCAUGUCGACAGAGCCAGAGCUCAUUGAGCUGCGGGAGCUGGCACCGGCUGGGCACGCCGGCCCAGGCCGCGCUCGGCUGGAGCGUGCCAACGCUGUGCGCAUCGCGCCCGGCACCGCGCGCAAUCCCGCGCAGCAGGUCUCGGGUCUUGGCCACCGCUUCCAGCCCGCGGGGCCCGCCACGCACACGUGGUGCGACCUCUGUGGCGACUUCAUCUGGGGCGUCGUGCGCAAGGGUCUGCAGUGCGUGCACUGCAAGUUCACCUGCCACUACCGUUGCCGCGCACUCGUCUGCCUGGACUGCUGCGGGCCCCGGGACCUAGGCUGGGAUCCCGCGCUGGAGCGGGACACGAACGUGGAUGAGCCAGUGGUAUGGGAGACACCUGAUCUUUCUCAGGCUGAAAUUGAGCAGAAGAUCAAGGAAUAUAAUGGUCAGAUCAACAGCAACCUGUUUAUGAGCCUGAACAAGGAUGGCUCUUAUACAGGCUUUAUUAAGGUUCAACUGAAACUGGUGCGUCCUGUCUCAGUACCCUCCAGCAAGAAACCACCGACCUUACAUGAUGCACGGAAGAACCCAGGACGGAGCACAGCUGUGAGGCGCCGCACUUCCUUUUACCUGCCUAAGGAUGCUAUCAAGCACCUGCAUGUUCUGUCACGCACACGGGCACGUGAGGUUAUUGAGGCCCUGCUGCGCAAAUUCUCAGUAGUGGAUGACCCCCGCAAGUUUGCACUAUUUGAGCGGGCUGAGCGUCAUGGCCAAGUGUACUUCCGGAAACUGCUGGAUGAUGAGCAGCCCCUGAAGCUACGGCUUCUUGCAGGGCCCAGUGAGAAAGCCCUGAGCUUUGUCCUGAAGGAGAAUGACUCUGGGGAGGUGAAUUGGGAUGCCUUCAGCAUGCCUGAACUACACAACUUCUUGCGCAUCCUGCAGCGGGAAGAAGAAGAACAUCUCCGCCAGAUCCUGCAGAAGUACUCUCGUUGCCGCCAGAAGAUCCAAGAAGCCCUGCACGCUUGCCCCUUGGGGUGACCUCUUAUACCCCUGGGUGGCAGAAGAAUAGGCAGUGCCAACAGCAUGCCGUGUGAGUGUGACAGGGCCCAUGGGGCCUGAGGAAUGAGUGUGCAUAGAGGCCCUCCCCUGUUGGGGGGUAAUGAGUCGAGAGAACAGGGAAGGAGCUGGCCCUCUGUCCACCAGUGGGUGUAGCAGGGCGUGGCUCUGCAUCCCUCUGCUCCUCAUGCUGGGUCAUAACAUGGGUAGCUGCUCCAGGCUUGCAGCAGAGGUGGAGCAGAAGUUUCCUUAAUUUGGGUCUCAGCUGUGAGAAUCUUGGAACAGUCUACAAACAGAACAGGGUUAUUUUGUAGGGAUGGGGCCCUCAUCUACAAAGAAAGGUUAUUUUGGGUCUUGGAUGAAGUCUCGGGAUAGCCUUACAGAGCCAAGGGUGGGUGCCCAGAAUACGGCAGGUAACUGAGGUAGCGUCUGGGUUUCCCUCUGUAGUGCCUUCUGACUCAUACACACGCCCUGAGGUCAGGUAGGGCUGGCUCCGUGCUGUGACAAAGCCUCCAAGGAGGAUGUCACUAGGCCAGACCCAUUCCUUGUUUGCCAAAGCCAGGGUCUCCCUCAGAUACUUUUGAUGAAGUGUGUGAAUGUGUGUAAUGUUUUGUGGCCUCAACUGAAUGCCUCGUGUGGGAAAAGGGAUUAGUGGUGACAGUCAUCAUUAGGGCCCCUGGCCUGAGAGAAUUGGCUGAAUAAAGAUUUAAGAAUC